UCACAUUCAUCAAUCUUUACUUUUCCGGUAUAGAGAAACCCAAAUAUGGUGUUUUCAAAAGUGUCGUCGUUUUGGCUUGCAUGCAUAUGCAUAUCCAUGUUUGUGGGUAUGAUAACUCCUUCUUGUAAUGCCCAGAAUUCCCCUCAAGAUUACCUCGCCGUUCACAACGCCGCUCGCCAAGCCGUCGGGGUCGGGCCGAUGACGUGGGACAACGCCGUGGCGAAGGCUGCCCAAGACUACGCUAACACGCGGGUCGGAGAUUGCAGAAUGGUCCACUCCGGUGACCGGCGGUACGGCGAAAACCUAGCGUGGGGAAGCGGGGACUUCAUGACCGGGCGGAGGGCGGUGGAGCUGUGGGUUGCCGAGAAGCAGGACUACGACUACGGCACCAAUACUUGCCGGCCGGGGAAGGUGUGUGGGCACUACACGCAGGUGGUUUGGAGGAAGUCGGUGAAAUUGGGGUGUGCUAGGGUUCAGUGCAGAAACAAUUUGGGAUACUUGGUUGUCUGCAACUAUUCUCCUCCCGGCAAUUAUGUCGGAGAGAGACCAUACUGAUCUGAUCAGCUAAUUAACAGUCAUGUAAACUCUAAGCAGUUAUGCAUGCAUGCUUGAGCAAUAUAUAAUAAUAAACACCAUGUACGUGUAUAUACAUGGAGAAAAUAAGGCCUAGGAUAGCAGUGUAUCUAGACUUCAAUGUCGUUAUUUGCUAGCCAAAAGUGUGUGUUCUUGUUAUCAAUAUAAUAUAAUUUUCUACUUUGAAUUA